GGAGGGAAGGGGGGCGCGGAACGAGGCCGGCGUCCAUUCACCCAGCUCCCGCGGCGGCCGAGGCUGCGGAGGACCGGGGGCGUUUGCAAAUGGCUAGCCUUGCCUUGGGUCUGGAAGAGCUGCAGCCCGAGCCUCCUCCGGAGCCCGCCUUCCACGAGGCGCAGAAGUGGAUCGAGCAAGUAACUGGCAGAAGUUUUGGUGACAGAGAUUUUCGAACAGGACUAGAAAAUGGCAUCCUGCUCUGCGAGCUGCUGAAUGCAAUAAAACCAGGACUUGUCAAAAAGAUCAAUAGAUUGCCCACCCCCAUUGCAGGAUUGGACAAUAUCAUCUUAUUUUUAAGAGGCUGCAAAGAGCUCGGGCUUAAAGAAUCUCAACUCUUUGACCCAGGUGAUCUCCAGGACACUUCCAAUAGAGUUGCAAUCAAGAGCAUUGACUGUAGUAGAAAGCUGAAAAAUGUAUUAGUUACAAUUUACUGGCUGGGGAAAGCAGCGAACAGCUGCACAGCAUACAGUGGAACCACACUGAACCUGAAGGAGUUUGAAGGAUUGUUGGCACAGAUGCGAAAGGAAACCGAUGAUAUUGAAAGCCCCAAACGCAGCAUCCGAGACAGUGGCUAUAUAGACUGCUGGGAUUCAGAGCGUAGCGAUUCUCUUUCUCCUCCCCGGCAUGGUCGAGAUGAUUCUUUUGACAGUUUGGAUUCAUUUGGCUCCCGUUCCCAGCAGACACCCUCCCCAGAUGUAGUCAUCAGAGGAAGCAGCGAUGGCAGAGGAAGUGACUCAGAAUCUGACUUGCCUCAUCGAAAGCUUCCAGAUGUAAAGAAGGAUGACAUGUCAGCAAGGAGGACUUCUCAUGGUGAGCCGAAAUCAGCAGUGCCUUUUAACCAGUACCUCCCCAACAAGAGUAACCAGACAGCUUAUGUACCUGCACCUCUGAGAAGGAAGAAAGCAGAGAGGGAGGAAUACCGAAAGAGCUGGAGUACUGCAACUUCACCCCUAGGUGGAGAGAGAACAUUCAGCUACCCAGAAACCAUAAAGGAGGAAGAACAAAAUGAAGUGGGGGCUAAUGGUGAAGAGGUGCAGGCUACCCCAUCGGAUACUAGCGGAAAGCCUUCAGACACGGGGUUAGAACAGAAUGAGCAGAAUGGUAAGGAACAGUCUCUUCCAGAGAGUACAAAAGACACGGUAGCACAGAAAGCCACCCAGAAAGAGCUUGAAGAGAUGAGAAAACGCAGAAGUCUGGAGCAGGCUGGUAUCAAGAUCUUGCCAGCCUCACGGCGUUUUGCCAGUCAAAAGCAAAUAAGUGAAGAGAAAGAAACAGUUCCCGACAUUAUCCUUCGAAAGGAGAAUCCUUUUCUGAAAUGUCAACCUGGUCGUGAAUCGGAGCCAGAAAAUGGCAUUGAAUGCAGACUUCCCGAUCUAGAGAAGGAUGACUUUGCUGCUCGAAGAGCAAGAAUGAACCAGCCUAAAGCAACAGUCCCAUUUAAUCAGUUGCUGUUUGGACCUUAUAUAAAAAAAGAAUGUGAUGGUGUGAAACAGUCCUUAAAAGGAGCAUCACCGAAGAAAAAUCCAGGAUCUUCCAGAAAUCUGGUGCAAAGGGAAGAAGCAAAGAAAAUUGUGGUUCACAAAGAAAACCUGCAGCAGUUUCCAGAGGAUGCAUGUGCAACAGAAGAACCCAGGAAAGCUCCUGACAUCCAGAAGGAUGACCUGGCUAAGCGGAAGAUUCAGAGUAGUAACCUCUCCUCACAUAGGGAAGCGAUGAGUUUUGUGAAGAUUUCGAGCAUAACAGAAGCAGACUUGGAGACAUGGGAUAGAUUAAAAGUGUCAGGAAAAACAAGUGAUGAAGAUCCAGAGCACAACUGUACCCCAACCCCCUCACCUGAAAUCCAAGCAGAAACUGCGAUUCGGGAUGACUUUGCAAGCCGCAAAGCCAGAGCCUACCAAAAAGCUUCCAGCCCCAAGCAAAAGUUUGUGCACUUUGGACCAGUGACAGAGAUAGAUCAGCAGAAAUGGAGGAAACUUAGUAUUGGCAAGGUUGACCCCAAAGAGGAAGUGGAAGAGAUUUAUAGAGAUGAUAAGAUGCCCAUUUGUCGUGUGGCCCCUGAUUCUGCGGCUCCUCACAGCUUAGAGGAUGACAGAGUCCCUCGUCUACAGAAUGAUUCCAGCAAACAAGCCGAUUCCAGCUUAGAUGAAUAUUGCAAAGAGAGCCCUGCCUCUUCAGCCAUGGAUAAGGUUCAGGAGCAGAAGGACCCUCUGGGAAACAGCGAAGAAGCCACAUGCAGCCAGCUGCCACCGUAUGCCCAAAAAGAGGAUAUUCUUACCAGAGGAGAUUUCGAGACGGAACGGAAGAAUGGACGAUGUGGGAGCGGGAGCCAACGACAACUAGCAAACUCUGUUGCCCCCAUGAAUGGGGCGGGAAAAAGUCUUGGGAAGACGAUAACUCAUGAUGUCCCACUUGGCGGUGGAGCCCGAGGGCAAAGGAAAAUGCCUGAUCCCCAGAAAGAUGACAUGAUGGCUAGAAGAACGGGAGCGUUCCUUAAGCACGCCAUAUCCAAGUCGAACCAGUUCCUCCCGGUGCCAUUUGCAAAGCAACAGGACGGGGAGGAAUCUCCCAAAGGACUUCCAAAGAAAGUGGAGAGAUACGGUCCCAGAACUGCUGUGUCUGAUGACGCAGAGAGCAUGAGUAUGCUUGAUAUGCGGUGUGAAGAAGAAGCCGUACAGCCCCAUAGCAGGGCUCGCCAGGAGCAGCUGCAAUUCAUCAACAGCCAGCUGAAGGAAGAGGACGACAAAUGGCAAGAUGACCUGGCUCGUUGGAAAAGCCGUAGAAGAAGCGCAUCUCAGGAUCUCAUCAAGAAAGAAGCUGAGAGGAAAAAAAUGGAAAAAUUAUUGGCCGGAGGUGAUGGAACAAGUGAAAGAAGGAAAAGCAUUAAAACCUACAGAGAGAUUGUUCAGGAAAAGGAACGGAGGGAGAGAGAGCUCCACGAAGCUUACAAAAACGCUCGCUCCCGGGAGGAGGCCGAAGGGAUCCUCCAGCAGUACAUCGAAAGGUUUACCAUUAGUGAGGCCGUCCUGGAGCGCUUGGAGAUGCCAAAAAUUCUGGAAAGAAGCCAUUCAACAGAGCCAAACUCAUCUUCCCUGAAAGACCCAAAUCCCAUGAAAUACUUGCGGCAACAGUCACUGCCUCCUCCCAAAUUCACUGCCACUGUGGAAACCACCAUCGCUCGCCCCGGUGAACCGGACCCCAGCAUUGCAGCAGGCAGCGCGUCUCCAAGCAAAACUCUCGUUCCCAAAGCAGUGCCUAUGCUGACACCCAAGCCUUACCACCAGCCCAAAAGCACGGCGCCGGGUCUGAAAACCUUCAAGGUAGAUGAAAAAGUCAGCGUGAAUGGAGAAACUUUUAAUGGCGUAGAAGAAGAAAAAGAAAGAGAGUGUACAACAGCAACAUUUUCCCCCUCGCUAACUAGAUCGCAGAGAUUUGAAGGUGUGGCUAGAGUGGAUGGUUCCCCAGUGGAACUGAAGCAGGACACUAGUAGCAUUGAGAUCAGUAUAAAGAAGACAAACUCCCUCAACAGAGACUUGACAACUUCCACCACUGAGGAAGCUGAACUACCCCCUCAAAAGGAUGAGACUGAUGGUGGACAAGAAGAAAGUGGGAGUACAGAACAUGACUCAGAGUGUCAGCACUUUACAACAACUGUGACCCGAGCCAGCCCAACUGUGGCCUUUGUGGAGCUCAAUCCCAGCCACCAGCCUAAGGAGCACGAAGCAGAAGACAAAGACCAUAGGAAACUGGAGAAUGAAAUGAGUGGGAAGGUGGAGUUGGUGCUGUCCCAGAAGGCAACAAAGCCAAAGUCUCCAGAACCAAAAGCAGUUCUGUUGUUUCCAUACCAGAACCAAGGACCAGAAACCAACCAGUCAACUUUGCCAAAUCUUGAUUCUCAAGUGGAAUCUAAUAGCAAUGAGAAGUCCCCUGCAAGUACACCUCGAUUCAACUUUUGGGCAUGGGAUCCAGAGGAGGAGCGCCGCCGGCAGGAGAAAUGGCAACUUGAACAGGAGCGUUUGCUGCAGGAGAGAUACCAGAAGGAACAGGAUAAAUUGAAAGAAGAGUGGGAGAAAGCACAGAAAGAAGUGGAAGAAGAAGAGCGUAGAUAUUAUGAGGAGGAACGCAAGAUCAUUGAAGACACUGUGGUUCCCUUCUCAAUUUCUUCCAGUUCAGCUGACCAGAUUUCUACCUCCUCAUCUAUCACAGAAGGAAAUGGGCCCGUGAAUAAAAUGGAAUUGGAAGAUUCUAAAGAUGAAGAAAAAAAGCAAAGACCGCUGUGGGAGGAAGAAAAUGACUUGCUGCUGAAGAAUAAGAAGACUGAUGUUUUAGAGGAAACGAAGAGCAGUAUGCCACAGGUGACCCCAGCACAUCCGGAGACCUCUGUACCAAAAGGAAUUCAUCAGGACCAUCAGUUGUCAACAGCUGGACUUGGUACACCAGACCGGAGGCUGAACUUAGAAUUAUCUCAGGACACAUCAUGGAAUCAGCCAUGGUCCCCUGCGCCAUCCCAUGCAUUAGAAGAUGUGAAACAGAAAACGCUCCCAAUGGAUCAAAACAUUAACCAUCAGCUUGCCUCUCCCAGUGAGAGAAGGAAGACCAGCCCUCAUGAGAAUUUCAGAGUUGGACAGUUAUCCCCAUGCACUCCCACCCCUCCCGGCCAAUCUCCCAGCAGGUCCAUAAGCGGGAAGAAGUUAUGCUCUGCUUGUGGGCUUCCUCUGGGGAAAGGAGCAGCCAUGAUCAUCGAAACGCUUAGCCUUUAUUUUCACAUCCAGUGCUUCAGGUGUGGAAUCUGCAAAGGACAGCUGGGAGAUUCGGUGAGUGGAACAGAUGUCCGGAUCCGCAAUGGUUUGCUCAACUGCAAUGACUGCUACAUCCGGUCCAGAAGUGCCGGUCAGCCGACAACAUUGUGACGUGGUUUUCACUGCUAUAAAUCGCCUCCCACUGCUCCCCUUCAGAAUGUCCUGGACAAUCGCUUACAAAUGUGCCCAUAUUUGUGGGGCUUCCUGGCACUCAUUUAAUUUUUAAAAAGCUAGACUAAGAGGCUGUGUCUGUUCCUUUAUAGCGCAAUGUAUGUUUGUAUUUUCCUUUUGUUUUUAUUUUUUCUUUCUGCAUUUGCACAGUAUCUUUUGAGAGAAUAUUGAGUUGUUUUGAUCCCAAGUCCUUCAGAAAGUUUUGUGGGAUUGUUUUUGUUUUUUUGGUUGACAUAAUCUUUUUUUUUUGGUAUGGCAAGAUAUGUUGAUGAUCUAAAAUGUGAUAUUAUCUUCUUUGGGAAUUAAGAUAAAAAAUGCAAUGAAACCAUUUGUUUUAAAAUUUCUAGGAGCUAAACAUUUUAAGUUUACACAACCGAACUAUAGAAAGUGCAGGACAAGCCAACGUUUGAUGAACACUCUACUGAGGGAGCUUCUCAUUAAUACAUUUCUGAACUAAAAAAAAAAAUCACAGGAAGUGAUUUUCUGUUGUUGAGCUAUAACUCUUUUUUUGUACAGAUACUAGUUUGGUAAUACAUACUGUAAUUCUGAACCGUUUAUGUUCUGUACCCUUCGAGGUCAGGCCCGUAAAUUAUUGCGCCAUUAACAUUCAUGUAUUUUCAAAGUUACGUCAUUAAUGUAGCUUAUUCUGUCAAAUAAAAAAGAACCCUUAUAAAGCCUACGGGGCCUAUACUCUGACUGAAUGGAGGCAUUUCCCAAGAGUAUGAGAGAGAUGAGAUGAUUUCAGUCGGUCUUUUUUCAGGAUUACUGCAGUACUGUACUACCAGAAUCCGAGAGAGAGAAAGAGGAAGUUGACUCUCUCCCAACAACAAGUGGGACAUCGGUAGGAACAAUGUUAACGUGAUGCCCUUGGCAAAUAUCCUUUACAACAUUCCCAGGAGAAAGACCAGGAACUGUCCCAUGUAAGCCUAGGAGGGAUGCUUCAUACGCUUCGGGUACCCGGUACCCUGUGCCAUAUACGUGCAGAGAUUAGCUUGAGAACCUCUGCUGUAGUUACUUAAAAAGGAUGUGAUAACGUGUGUGAUCUCACUGACUGAUGUGUGACCAGUAAGAUCCUACAGUUCACUUUGUAUUUCGAUCCACUUUAAUGGAUACCUAUAUAUAUAUAUGCAUGUUUCCUUUAAUUCUCCUCUUCGUUGUCAAGAGUCCCAGCUAUUGAUCAUGGAGAACUUGAACCAGGAAUUGAUGGGCUGUUCCCUUAACUCCAUGUGUCCCAUAAUGAAUUCCAGCUGGCUGAAGAAAGGAGAAAGUUGUUUAAAAUCUUCAUUUUAACUUUCCCGGGAUUUUUUUUUUCUUAUAAAAGGGUGGGAGGGCAGAGAAGAGCAGGUGGUGUUUAGGACACCUAUUUAUUCUGCCUUAAAAUCAUGUUAAACUAAGGAAAAUGUGUUGCGAAUGUAGAGGAUGAACCCAUCCGUGGUAUGUUGCUGUAUUAGUAAAGGGAUAUAACGUGGAUGUUUAUUAGCUAAGCAAUAACUUUUCUAUGUGUUAUUUGAUAUAGCUAGUGACUAUUUAUUUACAUGUUAUGCUAGAUGGUCCUUUGCAUGCCAGUUCUGUGCUUGUGCAGAAUUUCUCCUCGGUCACUGAUGGCGUUUUUACGACAUUGUCAUUCGAAAAUGUUGGAUUGAACCUUAUACAUCAUUUCAUUAAAAUUGUGCCUUAGAAAAUGCAAAGCUAUUGCACAUAGUCAAUGAUGACUUAUGGAUACAGCGAAUUCAAGAGGAACGGAGUUAUUCCCGAGACCUUCAGUUCCUGAGACUUCUGGUAGCGGUUGCUGUUUUACAAAAAUGAAAACAAAAAAUAGUUUUGGAAAUGUACAGAUAUUCAGUCCGAUAUUUUGAUUAAUCAUCUGCAUGUUUUAUUGUUAGAUAUUUUGAUAAUGUUGAUGUUUACAUUUUGCAUGGUAUUCACAGAGUAUUCUCCCACGGUAAUGCACAAAACAUGCACAAUUUUAACAUUCAUAACUGAUUUUUUAUAGAACCCUUUUUACCUAUGAAACUCCAUCCGUUACAUAAAGAAUACAUGAAUAUUGCACAUUUUUUUCUGGUUCCCACAGCCUCAUUUAUACAUUUUUUCUUAGUGAAUGUCAUCAUACAUAUAUUGAAACUAGAAUCCAGUCAAGAAAAAUACUCAUUUUCCAACUGCAAGAUGCGCAUUUUUCAUAAUGAACUCUAGUCACCAGCACAGAAUAAUCUCCAGCAUUCUAAAUUCUAAUUGCCAACUGUUCUAUUUCUAUUUGAUUUCUAUUUCAUUUGGACUCUGUUACAUGGCAUUUUGGAAAGCCUGGGUUUUGUUUUCUCCAAUUCAACAAAAUAAGUAUGAAGAUUUCUUGGUAAAUAAUCUUGGAGAUCCCAGGGGGAGAAAAAUAUAAACAAUGCUUUACUACACUGGGUUGUAAUAUAUAUAAGUGUGUUUAGUUGUAGAAUGAAACAAGGAAAGAAAAGGAGAAAAGUAAGUGAUUUAUUAUUCUUGAGGAAGGAUGAGAUCUGAUUUUUUUUAGAUCCUCCAAAAGCUGUUCCCUUCUCAUUGUUCAGAGAACACGGAUAACUCCAUUAUAACUAUGUUAUGUGUGUUUCACUAUCAGACUUUCAUGUGUUUCCUCACUCUUUCUAUGUAGUGUUAUUAAUGCAAAACAUACUGUAGUUAUCUAUUUGAAGCAUCAAAGUUAAUGAAGUAAAAAUGAUCUACGUCAUAUGCAAGACCAGCCAAGAGGGUCAUUACUGUUCUAGGUUGGCUAAUGUGCUAUAUCAGUCACACUAACCUUCAUUUACAAUAUUUAUUCUAAAAUGCCUCUGAAGAGUAGCAAAAAGUUGUCUUAAAUGCAACGGCUUUUAUAGUAAAUGUACAUUUAUAAAUAAAAUACUCAAAUGAA